UGCGUUUCAGUCACUUCCGGGGCGGAUCGGAAGUUGCUUUGUUUUGCUUCAAGAUGGCUGCGGGGAUGUAUUUGGAACAUUAUCUGGACAGUAUCGAAAACCUUCCCUUCGAACUGCAGAGAAACUUUCAGCUCAUGAGGGACCUGGACCAAAGAACAGAGGACCUGAAGGCUGAAAUUGACAAGUUGGCCACUGAGUAUAUGAGUAGCGCCCGCAGCCUGAGCUCCGAGGAAAAAUUGGCUCUUCUCAAACAGAUCCAGGAAGCCUAUGGCAAAUGCAAGGAAUUUGGUGACGACAAGGUGCAGCUUGCCAUGCAGACCUAUGAGAUGGUGGAUAAACACAUUCGGCGACUGGACACAGACCUGGCCCGUUUUGAGGCUGAUUUAAAGGAGAAGCAGAUUGAAUCAAGUGACUAUGACAGCUCGUCCAGCAAAGGCAAAAAGAAAGGCCGGACUCAAAAGGAGAAGAAAGCUGCCCGUGCUCGUUCCAAAGGGAAAAACUCAGAUGAAGAAGCUCCCAAAGCCACCCAAAAGAAGUUAAAGCUUGUGCGCACAAGUCCUGAGUAUGGGAUGCCCUCAGUGACCUUUGGCAGUGUCCACCCCUCUGAUGUGUUGGAUAUGCCUGUGGAUCCCAACGAACCCACCUAUUGCCUUUGUCACCAGGUCUCCUAUGGAGAGAUGAUUGGCUGUGACAACCCUGAUUGUUCCAUUGAGUGGUUCCACUUUGCCUGUGUGGGGCUGACGACCAAGCCUCGGGGGAAGUGGUUCUGCCCACGCUGCUCCCAGGAACGCAAGAAGAAAUAGAUAGGGACCUUGGAUUCCCACGGUUUCUUCCACAUCCCUGGACCCGGGCUAGUGGGGAGAGGAGAGCCUGUGCUGGGGCCUGGGGGCUCGGGGAGGGUGGAUGGCACAACUGCUGUCAUCUCUUCUCCUCCCCUCCUCUUGCUCCUGGUGCUGAGGCUGCACCCCAACCCUAGGAGGGAGGGGUGCCACAGCCGCUAACUGGCUGUGCUCUCAUUCAGCCUGCCCCCCUCAGAGGGAAGCGGUCUUGCCCACUGUCCUUUUGCCUCCAUGCUGAGGUUGGUGCUGUAUUUCCAAGGGAUGGUCCUCUUCACCCCCCCUCGCUCUGUAUUAAGGACUAGGGCAGUAGCAUGGGGGUGCUCCCCAGCCCUCCUGACUCCCUCCCCCUGUGGGGGGGUGGGCUACGGUGUGAUAAACUCUCUUUGUUCUCUUCCCACUUUGUCCCUGGUAGGGGCUCUCCCACAGCAUCUGGGCUGUGGCCUUAGUAGAAGGGCACCCCUUCCUCUGUGCCAAGAGGAUUCAUCCUGGCCUUGUGAAUGGGAGAGGGGGCAAGGUGGAAUGCACAGAACUCACGUGUAAAGGAAUUUGAGUAGGUGAAUAAAAGCUAUACAUGUUG